UGUCUAACGGAGUUCAUUGAUCGUAAAGUUCAUACGAUCGGCUACGAUCAACGAUCAAUCGUAACUUUACAUUGGUAUUGUCUAAUUUAGUUCAUUAUAUGAAGACCGGAUGGUGAACGAUGAACUGAAAUCAUUCAUGAAGAUUGCGUAUUGUUUAUGCAAAACGAUAGUGAAACUAUCGUUAAUAAUAUUAUCAAAUUUAAGUCAAACUCCAUAAUAAUGCAUAUAUUUUAACAAAGUUUUAUGUCUUUUGUUUAAAACAUUAAAGAAGCAUUAAAUUUCACGAAAAAUAUCUACUAUUGAAGAAAAUAGCGUGAGAAAAUGGUACAUGCAACUCAAGUAACAAAACGCAAUUAACGAAUUUAACCAAGGGCUAUUUGGACUAUUUGGUAAUCUCCCUGUUGUCUGUGUAGGCUAGUGUCAAAAUAACGGGGUAUCUUAUUAGUCUGUGGUGAAACAUAGCAUAUUAAUAACCUGUGGAUUAGAAAUUUUAUUUUUUAAUUUAUCAAAACAAAACAAAAUUUUUAUUUUUCAGGUUUUAAAGAGAAUUUAGAAAUUGAGCAAAGUUUUACUAAAUUAUAUUGAUCUUAGGAGCAAAGUUUACUUCGUUUGUGUUAUUGUUAAUCAAAAAUAUAAAAACUAAAUUGAUUAUUAUGAACAGACCAUUAUGAUGAACCACUGAUAUUGACUCAGAGACAUGAAGAUGAGUGCUUUGACAACAAGACUGACUAGCUGAGCCAGCUUAAGAAUUAUGUGGUGUGUGUGUGUCUAAUUCCAGGAGCUCUCUAUGUCAGCCAUCCAUCUAUAUUCUUACUCAUUUUUGUUAAUUAUAAAAUAAAUUUGAUUAUUUAGUAUGUAACUUCAUUGUACCUAUCCUGCUAGCUGUUAGAAAGAUAGCAUCUGUAAUAAUUUAUUUACGGUAAAACAUAUUUAUAACCCUUUCAAGCCCGUUUAAAACGAUCGUGCACAUUAUUUUUUUAAAUUCCCGCGCCGUUCCGAAGCAUCUUUGUAGAGCGAGACCGGCAUCGCACGAUCAUGCACGACUUAGACAUCCUAGUAAAAAAUAUAUUUCGCGCGUUUUGCUUGUUAGUUGGCAUCAGUGAGGUGACAAAGAUGGCAGCGUUUUUUGACGAUGGCGGCGGUAAUCGGGUCGAGCUAACUAGCGAUUUGGUAUUACAACUGCUUGGAGAUGGCAACGAUUCGGAGGUAGAAGGACUAGGUGAUGAUGAUGACAUGCUUUUUAGAAACUCAUCGAACCAGAACCCUGCUGUUGAAAUUCGUUCGUCGUGUACCCCAAUACCGCCCCCGGUUGUUCAUAGGACUGGAAAUGUAGCCUGUAGACGUCCGGGAGUCAGAAGAAGGAUUUGGAAACAGGUAUCUUUCAAUCAAAAAGAACAUAACUAUCUUCCUCGGGCUCGCCCAGCAGCUAUUCGAAGUCCCAUGGAAUAUUUUAACGACUAUUUUGACGACGAGUUUUUUGAACAUUCAGCUAUGUGUACCAACAACUACUACAUGCGUCGCACUGGCUGUAUCUUAAAUACGAAUGCCAUAGAAUUGAAAAAGCUUGUUGGCAUUCACUUAAUCAUGGGUGUUAUCUCGUAUCCACGACUGUACAUGUAUUGGCGAGAUGGCAUGCGACUGGACAUAGUGGCAAAAAUCAUGGCCAGAGAAAGAUUCAAGACAUUGCGUUCAGCUUUCCAUGUUGUGGACAGUGACACAGCUGAGCCAGGUAGUAAUAGUACCCUAUGGAAAAUCCAACCGAUACUAGACCGGGUCAAACGAGCUUGUGAUCGAUUAGAAAGGCAGCCAGGUUUUUACUCUAUAGACGAACAAAUGCUUCCUUUCAGCGGUGUUUGCCCUCGCGGGCUUCGACAGGUUAUUAAAAGCAAGCCUCGACCUCAAGGUCUUAAAAUUUUUGUGGCCACAACUCAUGAUGGUCUUAUGAUCGAUUUUGAAGUAUACAGAGGUUCUGAUACUCCGUUCGGCGACAGAUCUUUAGGGGUUGGAGCAGCGGUGAUCUUGCAUCUCUCGAAAUCUAUUCCUAGAGGCAGCUGUAUUUACUUUGAUCGAUACUUCUCUUCAAUACCAUUACUUGAAAAAUUAAAUUCGAUCGGACUGCACGGUACAGCAACGUUAAUGAUGAAUCGAAUACCAGAACGCAAAAACAUUGACUUUAAACCUGAUCGCCGGAUGAAGCGUGGUGAAUCUCAACAAUUCGUAUGUGACGACAUCGUAGUUGUGAAAUGGAUGGACAACAAGUCUGUGCUAGUCGCAUCAAAUUGCACUUCUGCAGACGAUACCGUUUUUUUGAAACGCUGGGAUAAAAGUUGCACAGGGUAUAUUGACGUCUCUGCACCAAAAACCAUUGCCAAUUACAACAGGCACAUGGGGGGUGUGGAUAUACUCGACCAAUCUAUGGAGUAUUAUCGCACGUUUAUAAAAACAAGAAAAUGGACAUUGAAGGUAAUACUCCAUUUUAUUGAUCUAGCUGUUUGCAAUGCGUGGCGUCUGUAUAAGAUUGAAUGUGCAGCAACUCAAAUCCAAAGCAAUAAAAUUAUGGAUUUAAUGGAAUUUAGAAUGCAAGUAGCAGACGGACUUACAAAUUCGCCUGUUCGGCAAAGGAGGUCUGCAAGUAGUGAUGAUGACCAAAAUGAGGUUGAAAAUUUAGUACCAAACACGCCAAAGUAUAAGAGGUCUAAUCAACCCUCUACAGCUAAAAGAUAUGAUGGCUAUGACCAUCUCCCAGCCUUUGAGGAAAUUGAUAAUCCUCGUGCGUGUAGAUUGGAAAGAUGUCGAAGCCGAUCUAAAAUUAAGUGUGAAAAGGGCGACGUUUACCUGUGCCUCACGAGGAAACAAAACUGUUUUGCAGCUUAUCACAAAAAAAAUUAAAAACCAUUAAUAUAAUUUUAAUAAAAACAUUGUCUUUUUUUCA